GACUGUAUCUGAUAGAGUUGCUGAGUCAAAUACAUCGUGAUAGCUGCUGAGCAACUCCUACUCCUUUUUCAAAUUCUAAUUAUAACAGAAUGAAAAUACCCAAUGAUUUACUUCUGUAACAGACUGCCUAAUAGAUCUUUUUUUCGGAAAAGUUUCAAAGAUAUCUGAGAUCUCUUGUUCAAUGUAUUGCUCACUGAUGAGACAUUUGUUUGUAUAUUUCUGACACACUGAAUAAGUGUUUAUCUCUGACCUUCCACUCAAAGCAAAGACGUAUUUCUGUGUAUGUGUGUGUGUGUGUGUCACCCACAUCUUUCCCAUGCUUUGCUGAAAGAUAACCUAUGAUGUAGAUUCACUAGUCAUGUCUGCCUCCCUGACCACAUCCUCCAGUGCAUGUCAUGUUCGCUGUAGACUAGGGAAGAUCACUGCUCAGUUGAUAAAUGAUGGGUUAUUUGCUGCAUGUACCUCUAUGGGGAGAAUAUGAAGUCUAACAGCACAAUGAAUUGAACAAAAAAAACUCUCUUCUUACAGAAGGCAAAUCUGCCCGGCUAUGACUGCACAUUGGGAUUCUUUCUGCGCAGAUGUAACGUCCAUUUAGUCAAGCUGGCACAUGGCACUGAAAAUGAGCAAGAUUAUUGACUAUCCAUGCCCUGCAAGUCUUCUCUUACUGUGUUUCCUGGUGUCAUUAGCUCAAGGCUGUGAAGAUCUGCACUGUUACGUGGAUUACAUAGACACUUUGACUUGCAAAUAUGAGAAAACACAAAAGGAAGCCUCAUAUAGUCUCAGUGCAAUGUGGACAAAUGAAGACCUAGAAAACACCUUCUGCGAUCUUGUUCAGACUGACGAAUUCAUGUAUAUUUGCAAUGAGGAUAUGGAAUAUUUUGGUGCUGAUGACAUUUAUACGAUUUUCAUAAAUGGAACCAUUAAUGGCCAAAUGAAUACCAGUCAAACGUGUGGACCUUUCUACUUAAGUAAAACAUUUGUACCAAGGGCUCCCUAUAAUCUCACUGUGCUGUUUUCUGAAAAUUACAAUUUUUCCUGGGAAACUACUUACAAGUGGGAAGUGCACUUACAGGCCAAUGAGCUGGCCUAUGAACUUAGCUACAAGAGGACAGAUGAAUCUUGGAAGAAGCAGAAGUGCAUCCACAUCCUCGAGGAUGAGAAAAACGUUGUUCUCCUGCAGUCCUCGUUCCAGAAUCCUGGAGGUUACAUUGCUCGUGUUCGUGCUAAGCCCAAAAACUCUUCCAUCUAUCAGGGUGACUGGAGUGAGUGGAGCAAUAGUGUUCAAUGGACUACCAAUGAAAAUAUCAGUGGAAAUAUCUGGAUAUUUACGAAGUCAACAGCCUCUGUACUGUGCUUGGUCUGUGGAAUUGUAAUAAUCAUCAUAUUGUCCUGUAAGCCUAUUGAACUGCCACAGAGGUUAUGGAAGAAUGUGUGGGUUUUAGUACCAGACCCUGGACUAUUUUUCAAGCCACUUUACAUGAGGCAUGGAGGGGAUUUUAAGAGCUGGCUGGGUUAUCCUUAUGUAACAAUAUCGCUACCAAUUGACGUGAGUGUGGCGCCUUCAGAAGUUCUGGAAAUUUACAGCAGAAAUGUGUUAAAGCAUGCAACAAAACCAGGUUUGGACAAUAGUGAUGUGAAUGAGAAGCUCUUAUCUUCUAAUGCAAGUUGUGGUACUCGUAGCCAGGGCUGCAGGCUAUGCAACUGUUCCGCAGGAACAAAUGACACCUCUUUCCAAAGUAUAUCCAUCGAAACUGUGACUGUUUCUGAUGGAGCGACUCCAUGUUGUUCUAAGUGCAACGACGUUAAUGGUCUAUUUGAUAACGGCAGAAUUGCAGAUGGAGAGACCAGUGGUGAUGAUGGCUACCCAACACUUAACAUUGAUAGCGGCGGCAGCAACCUACUGGAUCAUUUUCCAGAAAACGGACCACAAUCUGAGGCGUCAAGUAACCACACAUUGGAACAUAGCUUUGAUAUUCCAGAAAACACUGCAAGACCCAAUCUUUUUGAUGUGAUCUCAAUUCCACCCGAAGAGUGGAAAAUGCAAGCAUCUCCUUCUCAGGAUGAUGAGAGUGUGUUUUAUAGUGAUGAACAUUAUGAUUCGUUGUCACCCAGUUCAGGAAGCAGCGAGGACUUUGGGUAUCCUAGGAUGUGCCUGGAUAUGGAUACCAUCGACAGUGGUUUUGUUGACUCUGAAUGUGGGAGCCCUGUGGAAAGUGAUUUUGGAAAAAGUAAAAAUUCUCCUAAGAUGCAGAACUUGGAGCCAUACAGCGGACAUGAGGAAGAAUGGCAGACAAACUAUGUUAAGCAGUGGGUGCCAUGAUGCACCAGACAUUAGUCUACAUCAUUGAUUCCCAACCAGUGGCUCAUGAGCAACAUGUUGUUCAACAAACCCUUGGCCUCAAAGGUGCUUAUUUUUGAAUUUCUGGCUUGGAGGCAAGUUUUGGUUACAAAAAAAAACAGAUCUACUGCUAAACAGAGUCUCAUGUAGGCUGCCAGUCCACAUUCAGGCUACCAAAUACCCCAACACUGCCUUUAUCUGGCAUCCAGUGACUCCAGUGACUUUUUUCAUGCUUGUGUUGCUCCCAAAUUCUUUUUACAUUUGAAUACGGCUCAAGGGUACAAAAAAGGUUUGUGAUCCCUGGUCUACAUCAAAAGGGGCUAUAUUCAUUAAGCAUGCUGUACUAAUGCUGUAUUAAUAACUAGCCCUCUACCCCCCCCAUUAGUUUAGGAAUCCUUACAACCUAUUCAACCACCAACGUAACCACAAUUGGAAUCAUGACGCAGUGGAUUCCCAUUAGCUCCCAGGACUUUUAUUCUUUUAGUAACCUGCUAAAAAUAGAUCAUUUUAACCUUAAUGGGAGAUCAACCCGUUGUUCACAAACAAAGACUUCCAUACCAGUUCUAUCCAACUGGCUAGUAAACAGUCCUUAUGGCCUUACGGGGCUUCAUUUGUCAUGGCUGGCUUGAUAUCUUAAUACAAUAUAUACUGGCACCAAAUGAAUAGGAUGAAAACUGGCCACAAUCCAUCAUGUCAAACACCUGAAAAUAUUAUUUAUAGCUAAUCACUGUGCUUCAGAUUUUGUGAUUUUUAAUUUUUUUGUAUCAUUAUAGUUUUAGAGAGCUAUCUGCUUCAUCAGUGUUGUAUAUAAUAAGUAUCAAGAAAUCAGUCCAUGACCAUAAAAAGAGCAUUGUUCUGUC